CGGGGUUUCUUGAAAUAUACAUCUGUGGACAUGGAGAUGAGGAAGAUGAAGUGUGGAGGAAGUUCUGCAGAGGGUGGUCAGCCAGCCAGCCAGUCACUGCCUAGACCUCCACCCCCUCCUCCUCCAGGACACUCUACUAUGGAUGGUGUGAAAAAUGGGAAGAGACCAAGUCCUGCGCAGGCUCGCAGUAUGUGCCGACAGCUUUGAAUUUGAAUAUUUGCC